AUGCUUGGACGGCUUUAUGAGCUACGAGAAGAAGUAGCAAUAUUUUUAGAUUCACAGCAGAAGGCAGACUUUCAUGACAAUUUCCAAUCUGAAGGUUUUCAGAUAACUCUAGCUUACCUGGUGGACAUUUUUGAAGCAUUGAAUGCUGUGAACCUUAAACUACAAGGGAAAAGCAUCAACAUCAUCACGCACCAUGACACCAUUCGAGCCUUCAUGGCCAAACUCGACCUCUGGAAAUGUCGGGUUCAGCAGGGAAAUGCAGCCAGUUUUAGGAACUUGGAUUCUGCUCUCGCUGACAAUAUAGAUGACAGGCGUGAAGCCUGGAAAUUCAUCAGGAACCCAUUUCAAUGUGAAGAAGCUGAUGUUGCUGAUGAAGUCCAAGAAGAGUUUCUAGAAUUGAAGUUCAACUCUACAGCUAAAGAAGACUUCAAAGAUGUGGAUUUGGAGACGUUCUGGGUCAAAUACCUUCCUGUUUACCCUCUGAUCUCACAUCAGGCUCUUCGGAUUCUAACACUGUUUGGAUCCACAUAUCUAUGUGAAACUGCAUUUUCCACGCUCGUUGCUAUCGAAACCAAGUACAGAAACCGCCUGAACGUUGAAGGGGACUUACGUUGUGCACUCUCAAGCAUUCGACCACGUAUUCAAGAUCUGGUAGCUAAGAAGCAGUGUCAAAUAUCUCACUAA